CUUCUUCGCUCGCUCUGCCGCUCUAUAUAACCUGCGAGCGCGCGCGCUUUCCUCCCGACUCACUCGGCUCGAUCAAGCAUACACACACACAUAUAUAUAUACACACGUCCUCUCCUCCUCCUCGCCCGCUACAAACGACGACAGGCCCGGCCGGCGGUCGCAAGCGCGCGCAACGUUCGAACUCCGCGCGUGAUCGGAGAUCAUGGGGUUCCCCCUGGUGUGCUACUGCGUGUUCAUCCCGAAGCCGGUCAUCGCCUUCUGCAAGCUCGUCGGCGCCGUCAGGGACGCCCUCAUGCUGCUGCUCUCCCUCGUCGGCCUCUGCCGCUCCCCGCGCCGCUCCGUGGACGACGCCCCGCUGCCCGAGGAGGUCAAGGCGCGGCUCCCGGCCGUCGAGUUCUCUUGGCUGGCGCGUCCGGAGCAGCAGCAGCAGGGGUGCCACGACGGCGCGGCGGCGUGCAUCGUGUGCCUGGAGAGGCUGGAGGCGGCGGACGAGGUGCGGCGGCUGGGCAACUGCGCGCACGCCUUCCACCGCGGCUGCAUCGACGGGUGGAUCGACCUCGGCCGGACCACGUGCCCGCUCUGCCGCUCCCACCUACUGCCGCGCGCGCGGAGGGCCAGCCCCAGCCUCCUCACGCGCGUUUGGUGAGCACCAACCGCGCGCCCGAUCGUUAGCUCGGACGCCCCCACGUCUUUCCUUUUCCCAGCGCGGUGGCGGCCGGCAGCUGGGUCCGGGGAGGUGGCGCCGCAAUGCUGCACGGAGAUUCGCGAUCUGGACCGGCUACAUGUAUAUUUAUUCUGGGGUCUAUACAUUAUCUCAAAAUUGAGAUUAUUUAGCUUUAGGGUUUGUAUAUAUAGAGCACACCAAUAGGUGCAUACGCAUAGGUUUCUAUUCUCCUGGAGAACGAUUAAUUAGUCAAAUAUAUAUAUAUAUAUAUCUUGUCGUGAUUGGUUACUGUAUCUCCAAGUGUCAACAGCUAGAAAACUCAUGUAGUACUACCUGUUAUUUUCUUGACAUUGUUUGUUUUUA